AUGCCUUUCUUCGGCCGCCGGCAGGCUCCUGUGAAAGAAGAGAUGAUAACUGCACAAUCCUCCAACCCGCAAAGCACACGUAUCCUUCCCGGUAAGGUCUACAUAUCAAGCUAUCGUACCCCCGCAACGCUCGAAGAAGCCCUAUCGCUCACCCCCACACCGCCGCUUACACCGCCACGUCACUCGCACAGCAAGACCAGCUCCGCUACCUCCAACGGAUCUAGACAUCCGCUCGACCGUUCGCAGUCUUCGGAAUACUUUCUCGAGAUCAAAAGGAGCCCCGCACCGAAAGCACCCAUAAGUAGGAAGUCAGCAUGGGGACGGACCAUUCGCACCGAGGCACCGGGAGAGGAUGCGUUUGAAAGCGAUGCCUUCGCAGUGGAAAUGCCCACGACUCGAGAACCCAUUUUCGAUAUCCCCAAGGAAGCGUCUGUCUUCAGAGCUAAGAUCCCAUCUCCGUCAAAGGCGCAGGUUGAUGCAUACCAGACGUACAAGCAAAAGGCCCAGCAGGUCCGCGAGCGUAACAACAACGAGGGAGUGAAGGUGCCUAGUAAGAUCGUGUCCUAUGAUUACGCCUACUCCACCAAGAAGGGACAGUCUGAGACUGCGCCAUUGCAUGUAGAUUUGACACCACCGAACAGUCCGCCACAGUUGUCGCCCGCGGGUUCUUUCCCAGCCAGCCCGCCGAUCGCGCAGCAUGCAUGGGCGACAUCAGCGGCCGCACAGCAACCGCGCAAGCAGCACCUAUUCGGCUCGCAUGUCCAAGGUCCACGCUCAAUCAGCGACACGAACAGCUUCUCUUUCGCAAAGGAGCCUGCAAGCUUGGGUAGUAACACGUCCUCAUCAUUGCACCCACGUUUUCAACACGGCGACUCCGUCACAGGUACCUUGCAUUCUCGGUCUGGCAGCCCGCCUAAGAUCAAAGUACGCAUCGUACCCAAGACGACCGCUCCUCAGCCUCCACCCCAUGCUCCGACGCACAAUGGCCUCCCGCAGAAAGAGACCUGGUGGGCGCUCUACAACCGGUCGCCGCAAACCUUGGCCGCUGAGAGCUCGCCCCCCAGCUCCCCCGAGAAGAACAUGCGCUUUGCGUAUACCACGGGCGCAAGCGAGCAGUUCAAGACCACAAACGACGCCGUCAUUGGCUACACCACCAACUCGAGCAAGGGUACACCGGCGCUAGAACCGGCUAAAAGAACGUUCGCCGAAAUACUGAAGGACCGGGAGAAGAAGAAGGUCGAGCAAAAGCGAACGCUGGCAAGCCGCUGGGCUUGGCUGCGUCCCGCAGGCCCGCGAAUUGCAAAACCAGCGCCUUCUGCUAUUCCCACGCCUACACCAAGGCUAACAUCCGAAUACCUCGAUCCGUUCGUGAAGCACGCGACUCCACCGCCCACAACUCCCGCGACCUCGCGCCCAGCGUCUCCGCAGAAGAUCGCCGGUACUACUCCUCCAGCGGUGGGGCCAACGCCCAAGAUCAAGUUCGAUUCGGGGUUUGCUCAGAUCACGAGCUUCUUCAGUCUGAUUGUGAAGGUGUGUUUGGUCCUCUAUGCGUUGAUAGCGGUAUAUUUUGUUCUGGACGCCGUUCGGGAGGCAGUUCACGCUGUGGGGGCACCAUUCCGGCUGGCCAAAGUCGGAGGCAGGUAUGCUUGGGUCGGGGUGUUGUGGGCUGCAAGGUGGACAGCGAAGGGGUGGGACAAAUGGGUGUUCAAUUCGCGCUGA